UGCUCGCCCCUGCUUUUUUGCACUUCUCCUGAAAGCGAAGAAAAGAGUUGUAGAAUGGGAAACGGUCAGAGCAAGAGAGGCGGUGGAGAUGGAGGGCAAGCAGCUAAGCCCAAGCUGGCGCCUCAAGCUGCUCCAGAGAAAAAGGCACCCGCUCCAGCUCCUGCCCCAACUCCAGCUCCUGAAUUGCAGCCUGUGGAUGUUGUCUUAAGUGGAGCACCUUCAGAUAAGGAGCUCUCUAACCUACUGACAGACAAGGUCAAAGCAGAGAAGUAUUCUAUUUAUAGUAACACUUCUUUCGCUGAGGAAGACACAAAAACUGUUGCACGAAUGCUUGUCGAUGCAAAGCUCCUCAUUUUCAUACUAAGUGUCGAAUCUGUUACUAAUAGCAAGUGCAGCGAUCAGGUUUCCCUGGCUUAUAUUUCUAACAAGCCAAUCUUACUGAUUGCCAGAAAUAGCAAAGAGGACAUUGUCAAAAGCAUGAACUUUGGACUUAAGCUAACAUUAGAGCAGCUCCAUUGGAUGAUGUUCGAUUCUCCCGGCACACCAAGUGAUGAUCUCAUGAAGGAGUUCAUAACUCAAGUCCAACAGUAUCAGGCUCCCAUUACUGAGACUGUUGAGGUACAAGUGGAGCAGCCCUUGGAAUCAGCUGCUCCUACUCAAAUGCGUCGACUGAGAAUGAACACAAAGUUUAGGACACAGACAACUCUUUCUGAAUUAGCACCAAUAGAGGUCUCAGACACCUUUUGGGAGAGGAGCUUCGAUACAAGUGAUUCCAUCUCAUGGUUUAGAUUCCAGCAAGCAUUCAUCAAUGAAUAUGAUGCCCAACUGAAAAAUCUAUUCACAGAAGAUCGUAUCAAGUGGUUGCUAGAUGAAGUGCUUCAUUCCAGCAUAUUUGGAGGAGCAGAGGAGAUCACUAAAGACCAUUUCAUGCAGAUUCGCGGCGACUCCAAAGAAAAGCACACUUUUUGGCGAACUGUUCGUCAGAUUGCAGUCGAGAAAUUCAACAUGCAGGAAGUCUUUAACAUGCAGUCCACUGUGCGUCUGACAGCUGUUGAAAACCUUGGUAAGUUUCAGAACCCAGCUGUCAUUGAGGCUCUAUUGCGUCUCCUUGACGACGACGAUCCAAACAUUCGAGCGGUGGCAGCCAUUUCUUUGGGUCGGACUGGGAUUCAAGAUGAGAUGGUGAUUGAUCGCCUCAUUGACCAGCUUAAAGAUGGAGACAGGAUUGUUAGACAGAGCGCCUGUCUCUCACUGGGAUCACUAAAGGCUGUGAAGGCUAUUCCAAAAAUAUCAGACAGAUGGCGUAACGACUUUAUAUCUGUUGUCCGUGAUGCUGCUCGAACUGCUUUAGAGAAGAUGGACGUCCCCGAGGCUCAAGAGGUCCUCAAAGUGACACGAGUUCUUGAGGAAGAAAUAAAACACUUGGAGGGAAGGAUCAUCCAAGUUUAAGACCACCGCUCCUAUUUUGCUGCUAAUAAAUUCUAAUUUUAAUGACUACUUUCGAAAAUUAUUAUUAUUUUAAUUGUCAUAAUGUACGCCUGAUUUUUAUUCUUUACUACCAUGCUAAGACUGGGUAUUGCUAUUCUAUUAUUUAAUUAAUUUAAUUUAAUCAAGUUUUAAAGUAA